AUGAAUUCUUUUAAUUUAUUAAAAACUGCAUUACUUCGAAAUAUCAGAUUUAAACCUCAAAUUCCUCUUCAUUAUCAACGUUUUUUAUCAAUCCAAAGAAACUUAUAUUUAAGUAAUUUUCAACUUUCUGAAGAAAACAAAAAUAAAAUUACCAAACAAGAAUAUAUUUCAAUACCUAAAAAAUUGGCUAUUUUGUAUACAUGCAAAGUUUGCAAUUCAAGACAGGGUCCAAAACAAUUUUCAAAAACUUCUUACGAACAGGGAAUUGUUAUAGUCAAAUGCGAUUCUUGUCUAAAUCAUCACAUAAUUGCAGACAAUUUGGGCUGGUUCAGCGAUUUAGAUGGCAAGAAAAACAUCGAAGAAAUUUUGGCACAACUUUCCAAUUCAAAUUUUCCUUCCACAAGUAUUUCAGAACAAAUUGAUAUGACCCUUCUCCAACGAUCUCUCUUGGGUUUUGGCUCCGCCAUAAUGUCUAUUGUUAGUCCGGAACGUGGAGAUAUGAUUGCAACAAUGGGGGAGACAACGGUACCAAAAUCUUUACUUAUUCAUAUCCGAGAUAGAAUGGCCAAAGAUGUGACUGGCUCUGAACUUUUGAAAAAGCAACCAAGAAUUACUGAAAAAACAUUUUGUAGGGAAUAUUUAGCUAAAUUACCUGAUGGAACUCUUGGAAGGGAAUAUUUGAGAUUUUUAACUAAAUUACAUACAAGUCCUGAUGCGAGGCCCCCCGUUCAAUUUGUUGAUGAUAUUGAACUCGUUUAUGUUAUGCAACGUUAUCGAGAGACUCACGACUUUAACCAUGUUUUACUUCAAAUGCCAACUACGAUGCUUGGAGAGGUCACUGUCAAAUAUUUUGAGGCUAUUCAACUGGGGCUUCCAAUGUGUAUUGCUGCGGCUAUUUUUGGUGGUAUACGACUUGGGCCAAAACAUAGAAAACAAUUAUUGGAAAGAAAUUUACCUUGGAUUUUGGAACAAGCUUUGGAGGGACGUUUUUUAUUGGCAAUUGAUUGGGAGAAUAGAUUUGAACAAAAUAUUGUCGAUUUACAAAAUGAAUUGGGAAUUUCUUCUUUAAAUUCUUUUAAAGUAAAUUAA